AUGUCAAUAAACAAUACGACGGAUCUUCAAAUUAGAUUGGACCAUCAAUUCAGCCAAAUUACUUUCAUAGGGUCUGGUAUAGCGCUUGCUACUAUCGGAAUCACUGGAUUUACUCUUAAUCUGCUUGUCAUUAUUUUCAUUCUUCAAGAUAUGAAAAACCUCUGGACACCUGUUAACAUAGUUUUAGUUAACUUAUCGAUUUCAGACGCACUAAUGGCUGCAAUCGGAGUCCCUUUUGCAGCAAUAUCUGCUCUGAGCGGUGGUUGGCCCUGGAGCUAUGAGUUGUGCACUUGGUAUGGGUGGUUAAUGUCUUCUCUAGGAAUUGCAAGCAUUGGGAAUUUAACGGCUAUGGCUGUGGAUAGAUGUAUUUUAAUUACACGACCAUUGAAACCAUUUACUACAAGCUGUGACGCCUUUAUGCCAAAUAUAACAAUGGGUGAAUCCAUCUCCUGA